CAUCCCGCGGGAUACCUCCGUUCCUGCUCCGAUGGUUCUCCACCCCUCUGCGGACCUCUGCACCAGUCAGUCAAAUGAGGACCUCCGAUGCUUUCACGAUGCAGUCUUGUUGGUUCAAAAGUGACAAAUGGAAUAACACUGGCCAAGACCAAAUGUCUAUAUCUAUCCAGGACCUGUGGUCCAUGUUCAUGCUUCCAACAUAAAUAGUACAUCGAGUUCUUCGUCCCGGAUAGCACUCGAUAGUCCUUACCAUUGUUUUAAUUGUUGGCUCUGGGGACUCGCAGAAGCCUUUCUUUACUGUACACCACACCCGUACCACUUAGCGCAGUGAAGUCAUUACAACUCAUUCGAAACCAUGUUUGCCCAGCACGAACACGUUCCACAACAGUAUUCGCUGGUCAGGAGUCCAGACAGCCCUAAAGAAGAGGAAGCUUUAUCUAUUGUACUUGAAUCCGCGUCAACAGAGGACAACAGCACGCGUUCGCCUCGAUGGAGUCUCGAAGCCAUCCGUCCGGGUGUCUUCCGCACAACUUUUACCACUGCGGAUCAUCCGUUACCUCCAUUUCCUUCUGCUACAUGCCCUCAUGUAGAUUUGGCAGAUACGAGUCUUAAUGUAACACAUGGUCAAGAUGGCAGCACCGGCGUCAUUCGCUCUGGUAAAGCAAAAGCGGUUGUCGACUGGACUGGGGCUCCUGUCGUUUCCAUCUCCCUGGAUGGCAUGGACAGCCCGAUCCAUGAAGACUUAGCUUUUCGCUCUUACGCCAUCGACGGAAGCGGAAUUGCGCACUAUACAAAAUGGAAGAAAGACACACUCCAUGUCGGCCUCGGAGAAAAAGCAGCGCCAAUGGACCUGAGUGGCCGUGGCUUUCUUAUCACAGCGUCAGACACAUUCGGUUAUGAUUCAUACAAAACAGAUCCGCUCUACAAGCACAUUCCAUGGCUAAUGAAUGUUACUCCUGAAGGCUGUAUUGGGAUCUUCUCCACCUCGCAUUCACGGGGAAGUUGGUCGAUUGGAUCGGAGAUCGAUGGUUUAUGGGGCCAUUAUAAGGUCUACCGUCAAGCUCAUGGCGGGCUUGAGGAGUACGUCAUUGUUGGGGAAACUGUUGCAGAAGUCGUUCGGUCAUACGCGGAAUUAGUGGGGUUUCCACUCCUCGUUCCGAGAUACAUGAUGGGCUAUAUUGGUGGUGGCAUGAAAUACAGCAUGGAAGACUCUCCACGAGCACAUGAUUCCAUCCUCAAUUUUAUCCUUAACUGCGAAAAGAACGGUAUGCCUUGUUCCGCAUUUCAAAUGAGCUCAGGCUAUACUGUUGCUGAAUCUGAGCCGAAGACAAGAAAUGUCAUGACAUGGAACCGCCACCGAUUUCCGGAUCCUCGAGCUUUUACUCGGGAGUCCCACAAACAUGGAGUCAGGCUCCUAGCUAAUGUCAAGCCGUAUAUUCUGGCUAAUCAUCCUGCUUACCCGGAGCUGGCGGACGCUGGCGCCUUCUUUACAGACCCAAUGACCAAGAAGUCUGGGGUCGCAAGACUAUGGAGUGCUGGUGGUGGCGAGAGUGGUGAAGGGAGUCAUAUCGAUUUCACCUCGAAAGCUGGCUAUGAUUGGUGGUACAAUGGAGUCGUCGAUCUCAAGCGGGUUGGUAUCGAUGCCAUGUGGAAUGAUAACAAUGAGUAUAACAUUGUCCGUGACGAUUGGGAAUGCGCACUCGAAACUGUGGGUAUUCCCAGUACCGAGACCCGUAAAGAUAUUGGACUUUGGGGGCGUGCUGUGAGCACAGAGCUGAUGGGCAAGAGCUCACACGAUGCGACAUUAGAGGCUGAACCCAAUGAACGUCCUCUAGUACUGACCCGAAGCGCCACAGCAGGUACCAUGAGGUACUGUGCUAGUUCUUGGAGUGGCGACAAUGUUACAAGUUGGCAAGGCAUGAAAGGCGCAAAUGCAUUGGCGCUUAAUGCCGGCUUCUCCUUGCUACAGUGCUACGGCCACGACAUCGGUGGCUUCGAAGGUCCACAGCCAACUCCUGAGCACCUUGUUCGUUGGAUACAAUUGGGUAUUCAUUCUCCUCGCUUCGCUAUCAACUGUUACAAGACAAACCCUGACGAUAAUCUUGUCGGCGAAGUCAUUGAGCCUUGGCAAUAUCCGUCUGUGUCUCCAAUCAUUCGAACUGCUAUUAAACGCCGGUACGAACUUGUGCCUUACACUUAUUCACUGAUGCUCAAGUCUCACCGCGACGCUCUUCCACCUCAGCGAUGGACAGGUUGGGGUUACGAAUCUGAUCCCACUGUUUGGUCGAAGGAAAUCACACAAAGCGAUACGCAGUACUGGUUUGGCGAUGCACUCAUGGUUGCUGGUGUAUAUGAACCCGGGGUCUCCUCUGCGCGGGUUUACCUACCAGGACAUGAAACUGAUCCAGGCUUCUUGAACACUUCGGCUCCCUACGAGUACUUAGCUGCUGGGAGGUGGCAUAAUAUUUCGGCUACUUGGCACACAUCUAUACCUGUGAUCGCCCGUAUUGGAUCGGCCAUCCCAAUUGGAAAACCAGCACCAACCACCUGUGUUGCAGAGGACGACGUUGAAUUCCCAAAUAUCGCCAAGGAUAACUGGAGGGGAGUUGAAAUAUUCCCUCCACCAACGAAUCGUCAUCCGGAGUCUGGAGAAAGUUCUGUCAAAGAGGAGGCCUCGUCCAGAGGCAUCAAGUGGUUUACCAACGAAUGGCUCGAAGACGAUGGAAUUAGCCCUGAGGGAAAAGCUGAUCUAUUUUCUGUGAACAUUAGUUACGGCGUGCAUGCAGAUCAGGUCCAAGUGAGCGUGACCUACGACAGGCCCGGCAGAUUCGAGCCGCUCUGGCUGAAAGCGGGCCUCAAUAUCGCUCUACCCAUCGGCGACGAACGAGCUCUUAAACUGAGCGGCAAUGCUCAAGGGCAGCUGCAUAACGAAGGGCGCGAUGAGAAAGGUCGCUAUAUCUGGAGAUACACUGUUAUAGAUUGUGUUUAGGUGAUCCUCAAAAAGCUACUAUAGACAAGCCGUUUAUGAAGCUGCGUUCUUAUUAAAUAAAUAUCUACGCAUAAUGACUCGU